AUGCGGCUUCACUCGAUGUCUGCUCAAGACUUAUCCUACAAAUGGGAUGCAUACUGCCUGAAAAUGGGAGCAGAGGAAACGGGCCUAAAUUUGGAUACCGUUCGAGGCCUGAAGAGAGAUAUCCAGGAUGUCUUGGAGCGCGAGAGUCGAGGGAAAGCCCAUAUGCGUGGAGCUGAUAAAAGAAAUGCUGUAUCAGCAACCCCCCGAGCUGCAGCUAAUAAUCGGGAUGUCUUCGAGAUGCUCGAUGAUUUCGCCGCAUCACCGCACAGCCGAACAACCAAUGGAGCGAGCGCUGGCGCUGGGAAAAGAAAAGCCGCUUUUGGGACUCCUUCAACAUCGAAGGUUGGCAGAGUCGAAAAGAGUGCUGGAUCUCUAGGGAAUCCUCAAACUCCUUUACGGCCAUCGAAUGGCGACCUCGCUGGAUUACAUGGACAAGUAUUGGAAACGAUAAACACUCAUCUUUCGAUGUCACAACCUCCGAUAGCCCCGUACCCAAUGGAACGUGUUAAGCCGACCGCGAACACCGAUAUGAAGAAAUUUGCCUAUAAACCGAUGUCCAUGCAUUUAAAUGAGGCGUCUGAAGUGCUAGAUAACAUGAUAGAUGAAUUUAUGGCUAUCAUUCAAAAACAUCAUGGUUUGGAUGAUACCAUCUUUGGCAGUGCGGCCAAUCAAAGUACCAAAGAGAUAAUUGCAGUGGGAAGAAUUGCUUCGGACAGUUUAGAGGGAAAAUUGAACACAGCAUCUUUGGUUUUGGAAACAUCUAGACGAAGUGGUGCAGGUUUACGAAUUCCCCUGAAAAUUGACUCGUUACCUUCGGUUCAAUUUUUCCCUGGGCAAAUUGUUGCCCUUCGAGGAAUAAAUGCUUCUCGAGAGUAUUUCACAGUGUUCGAGGUGCUUUCCACACCGCUGCUACCGCCAGCUGCAUCGCCUCCCGCAAUAAUACAAUCGAUCAAUGAUCGACUUGGGGAUAGUGAUGCGGAACGGGCAUUAAAUAUUCUCAUAGCUUCAGGGCCUUUCACCGCGGAUGAUAAUCUGGAUUUCGAACCACUUAGAACUUUAUGCGCAAAGGCUGCCGAUGAAUAUGCUGAUGCUUUGAUUCUAACGGGGCCAUUCCUGGAUCUAGAACAUCCCCUUGUUGCAUCUGGUGAUUUUGACCUUCCGGAUGAAAAAGGGUUGGAUCCAGACAAUGCGACACUAUCAUCCCUGUUCCAAUGUUAUAUAACCCCACUCCUAAAACAACUCGCAUCUGCGGUUCCAAGCAUUUGUAUUUUCCUCGUCCCUUCAGUUCGCGAUGCAAUCAGCAAACACGUCUCCUUUCCGCAAGAGAAACUACUUAAAAGGGAUCUGGACUUAUUCCAGACGAAGCAGGUUCGAACCGUUCCCAAUCCCGUAACUCUCUCACUCAAUGAAAACGUGUUUGGGAUGUGUUCCCAUGAUGUUCUUUACGAACUAAGACAAGAGGAGGUGCUAGGAGGCAGACCUUCAGAGGGCGGCUUGUUAACCAGACUAUCACGAUAUUUGAUUGAACAACGGCAUUUCUUACCUGUCUUCCCUCCGACGGCUAGAGGUAAUCUGCCAAAGUCUGGGGUCGAGGGUGGGCUAGCCACUGGUGCAAUGCUCGAUACUAGCUACUUGAAAUUGGGAGAGUGGUGGAAUGUGCGACCAGACGUGCUGAUUACACCUAGUAUUUUACCUCCGUUUGUCAAGGUAGUUGAGGGCGUCCUGGUUAUUAACCCUGGGACACUGUCAAAACGGAAAGCAGCAGGAUCAUUUGCGCAAAUGACAUUGCACCCAAGGACCCUCACUGAAGAAGAAAUGAAUGUGAAACAGGUAGGGCACAAAGUCUAUGAACGGGCAAGAGUUGAUGUGAUUAAGAUCUAA